GUCAGAUAAAUGAUACAUCUUUAGAGCGCAGAGAAUAUGGACUGACAAUAUAUGUUUAUUCCUGGAUUUGUUGAAGAAAUGGACCUGAAGGUUGCUGAUUUACUUUUACAGUCAGCUUUACUAGUGGUUUGUAUUUGUGUCACUGGCCUGGCCGCAAGUACAAGCAACGACUGGCACUUUGACGGUCAAAAUAUAGCAUUCCACAAAAAUGUCAGCCAACUACCUGAAACAUACUGUGACGAUGAUCAAUCUCAUAAGUGUUAUCCCGCAAGUUUAGCUGUUGAUGGAAAUACAGACGGGUAUUUUAAACACGGUAGCUGCAGUCACACAAUCGGUAAUACAAGCGUCGAUGCAUCAUGGACGGUGGACCUCGGAAAAUCAGUAAAUGUGACUGGAAUUGUUAUCUACAACAGAGAUGGGAAGUAACUUGUCACAAUGUUUGAUAUUUCAGCUAUUAAGUAACUUAUAUUUAUGAAUCUAUAUGACCACGGUAAUAUUACAAUAUGUUGCGAUAUCGUUUUUAUUUUUACUUUACUGCAGGCCUCACACAUAGAUUUCUAAAAUUAAUUUCAUCCCCAAACGAGAUUUUAUCACAUUUGUAAGUGUGUGCGUGCUUUAACUGAAGCAGUAUUUAGAAUUGGUGAAAACGAAAUAAACUGAUAUUCAGGUUGUCUGGUUAAAAUGGCAUGUAAUAAUGUCUAUAAAAUAGCACACAUCUUUAAUGAAUAUUAUUUUGAAUGACAUGUCAUGUAUUGUCCUGCUUAAUUAAUACAGGAGAGAGCGUUAUACAUGUAUAUAUUCACUAGUAAUAUGGAUGUAUUCGUUAUUUACAUUAAAAAUAUUUCGUAAAAAUCACUAAAACUUUAUCUUAAAGGCGCUCGCUACAGUUUUUCCAGAUUGGUUGAUAUUUACCACAACACCGUGCCAAUUUGGUUGUGAUUCUAAUCGAUGUAGCUCAUUGCUGAGUUGAGCGGUCUUCUGCGCAUGCCCGGAAGUGAUUAUCUAAUGUCGCGUACGGCAAAAAUUCGCAAAUUAUGGUAUGUUCGCAUGCAUUUAAUGUAUUAUAUGUAUAAUAUACUGACUAAAGGUUAGGGUAAGUAUCACCAUGGUUACAAAAUAUAUACAUUUAAAGUACUUUUAGUUCAAAUUGCUUCAAUCCGACAUAUACUGGAGUCUGUUAUUUUUACCGGCACUCAGCUCUGCAUUGAGUCACAGCUGUUUCUAAUCCAGUACCGUACCCAUACCGUACAUCCGUGUUCGUAAACUAUAGGUUUUGUUCGGAGAAAGGCGGAAACUUUAUCGUUCUAUGACAUCAAAAUGCUUCAGAAACACCUUAAAAUCCGCUUAUUAAGAAAUCUUCCGUUUGAUAAUUUGAUAUAUCUUAUUGU